UGGUCGUACCGACCAAGAAUUAUGUGGCGCGUGAACUUCUCGAAAUCUCUCGGGGAACGCUCCAUCGUCGAUCAUACUUCUAUGUUGGCGGCGCUUAUGUCCCAAUCGCCGACGGGACUUCCUCCAUCUCAGCUAGCCAGAUGUACGUCGAGCAUCUGACGCCAUCUACGGUCAGCCAAAAGCUUCCCAUCGUCAUGAUCCAUGGAAAUGGUAUGACAGGCACCAAUUUUCUAAACACCCCAGAUGGGCGACCGGGAUGGGCAGACUAUUUCAUGGCUCAAGGAUACGAUGUUUAUAUCAUCGACCAGCCGUCUCGCGCUCGGUCACCCUGGCAGCAAGGAGUCGACGGUCCGCAGAUGAUGUUCGACGCGCUCACCAUCGAGCAACGAUUCACCGCCACGAAGGUGUUCAACUUAUGGCCAAACGCUGAGCUUCAUAUCCAAUGGCCCGGGAACGGCAGUCGUGGCGAUGAAAUAUUUGACAACUUCUACCGCUCCAUCGUGCCUGCCUUGAGCUCGAAUGUUGAAGCUUCACAGAAAUUCAAAGCGGCUGGCAUAGCUCUCCUGGACAAAAUUGGCGCCGCCAUCGUCAUGACGCACUCACAAUCUGGCCAGUUCGGCUGGCCUCUCGCAGACGCCCGACCCCAGCUCGUCAAAGCCAUUGUCGCGCUCGAACCAAUGGGACCUCCAUUCAAGAACGCCGUCUUCCCUCCAUUCGCAGCUGCGCGCCCCUACGGCCUAACCGAAGUACCUCUGGCUUAUGACCCGCCGAUCCAAUCUCCCAGCGACCUCCAGACCGUGAUCACCUACUCGACAACAAAUUUCACCUGCAUCCAACAAGCGUCGCCGCCGAGGAAGCUCACAAACCUCCUGAACGUUCCCGUCCUCGUCGUGACAUCGGAGUCGGGAUACCACUCCGUGUAUGAUUGGUGCAGUGUAGAGUUUCUGAAAGACGCUGGGGUGCCGGUAGAACACGUGGAAUUGGGGAAGAUGGGCAUUAAGGGAAAUGGGCAUAUGAUGUUCAUGGAAAAGAACAGCCUCGAAAUUGCGGAGCAGGUUGUUCAAAAGUGGUUAAAGACACUCACAGGCAAUUGAU